AUGCUUAAGUUGUUUAAAGGUACAUCAUCUCAUCAGAACAGAUUACAGUUCUUUAGAAACUAUUGUACGACAACAAAUGCAUUAGAUUCACAUAGUAACAGUAAAUCACCACUACAACUAUGUAUUAUUGGUAGUGGACCUGCAGGACUGUAUACUGCUAAUCGUGUUUAUAAAUUACUACCAGAUUCUAAUAUUACAAUCAUUGAAAAACUACCAUAUCCAUUUGGUUUGAUUAGAUAUGGUAUUUCACCAGAUCAUCAAAACGAAAAGAAAGUAAAGAAUACAUUGGAAAAGACAUGGUCGGAACAUCCAUCGACUUGCAAAUUCGUUGGAAAUGUCAAUAUUGAUCACGAUAUAACAUUCGAGGAGAUUAGAAAGACAUUUCAUGCUGUGGUGUUGGCAUGUGGAAUCGAAGGUGAGAAAAAGUUGAAUAUACCAGGCGAGAAGUGUCAAACUGUGUAUUCCGCUCGUGAAUUCGUUUCUUGGUUGAAUGGACAUCCAGAUUUCCAAAAGAAACAUUAUGAUUUGCAACACGAGAACGUUGUAAUCGUUGGACAAGGAAACGUAGCACUUGACGUCGCCAGAAUGUUGGUUAAACCCAUCGAAGACAUCGCUGGCACCGACAUCACAUCGACAGCCACCGACAUACUAUCAAACAGUAAAGUCAAGAAUGUACAUAUUAUCGGUAGAAGAGGACCAGCCGAGGUUUCUUUUACCACCAAAGAAGUUAGAGAGAUAUUGAAACUACCGAAUAUCAACACCUAUGUAAAUGAUAUUACAACAUUGGAAUUUACUGAAGAUCAACUAAAUAAAAUGGAAAGAGCACAAAGAAAGAUGGUUGAAUUAUUCAAACAAUAUCUUAAACCAUUACCAGAAAACUUUAAUAUUGGUGAUCUUUCAAAUCAGACAGACAACAACAACAACAAUAAUAAUUAUAAGAAUGUUAUAUUCCAUUUUAAGAGAUCACCUGUUGAGAUGGUCGAAUCGAAUGGUGGUCAAUGUUUAGCAGAGGUCAUAUUGGAGAAGAACGAGCUGGUGAGUGACGACAAAGGCGAUGUCAAAGCAGUUGGAACAGGAGUUAGGGAAACACUCAAAGCAGAGGUUGUCUUUAGAAGCAUUGGUUACACCGGUACCAAAUUCAGUGAGGUACCAUUCGAUUUCAAGCGUGUAAAGGUUCCCAAUCGUGCUGGAAGAGUGUUGGAAGGAGUAGACUCUGAGAAGAUCAUCGAUGGACUCUAUGUUAGUGGGUGGAUCAAGACUGGACCGUCCGGCGCAAUUGUAAACGUCUCGAUGAAUGCCGACGAAACCGCUCAUACCAUCCAAGAAGACUACAAUGAAAACAAAUACAACCGAAACCUACCAGGCUAUCAGGGUAUUGUAGACCUCCUCAAAUCGAAAGAACACAAUCUCAUUACCUACGAAGAUUGGAAGAAAGUUGAAAACGAAGAAUUCAAACGUGGAAAAGAAAAAGGAAAGAUACUUGAAAAGAUAAUUGUAUUUGAUGAACUAAAGAAUAUUAUAAAAUAA